GGAGAUAAGAUGAAUAAAUGCGUAACGAUAUGAUUGUUAAGGGGAAUUAUUCGCUCAUGUGCUAAACAGAGAAAUCACCCACGCGUUUACGAAUAACCUCAAAUUCCCCCGCCGCCGAGGCCAAACUGGGUGUUUCCAACACUGACUUUGAUGAAUUUCAAAAAAAACAACAAAAAAACGCAAAGUCACGCUCAGCAGGUCGAGUCACGCGCUCAUAAAACUCCCUCGGUAACAAGCAGCGGCCGGCCACGGAGCCGCUACCUGUCCACGCGGAGCGCUUCCUCUUUUGCUGUGCGCGUGCGCGUGCGACAGGCAACAGCUGAUGCUGAUUAAGGACUCCGCUUCGCGCGAAGUGAAACCAGAGGCCGCGCGUCGGCGCCGGUCACCGGAUGGAGUUCGGUUUCUCCGUCCAAGUCACCGGAGUUUCCUGGGCCGUUUCCACGCAUGCGGCGGCACGAGGAAACACGGACGCGCAGUGACUCACCUGGCCCGCUAUCAGACGCUUACCUGACAUCAUGGGGUUUCUACUGUCCAAGUCCAUUGACGCGAACCUCGCCAAGCAGCAGGAGUUCAUGCUCCACAACUCACGUCUGCAGAUGGAGCGACAGAUCCUGAUGCAGAAUCAGAUGCGGGAGCGGCAAAUGGCCAUGCAGAUCGCCUGGUCCAGAGAGUUCCUCAAAUAUUAUGGCACGUUUUUCACACUAGCCACGCUGGGCCUCACCGUGGGUGCUGUUAAAAGGAGGAAACCAGCCCUGUUUGCUCCCGUCAUUCCACUCGGCUUCAUAUUCGCGUACCAGAUGGACAGCGCUUAUGGGACACUUAUUCAUCGAAUAAGAGGUGAGGCGGAGACGAUCCUGGUGUCCGAACAGGACCGCCUGGAGUUGCCUCACGGGACGCCAACCUUUGAAAGCAUCGAAAAGGCUCGUCGUGCUAAAAGCAGCCUCUCGUCCUUGUUGGAGAAAUGACAAGUUAGUUAUUUGAGACAAAAAUCUCCAAACCGUCCAGUUGAUGCUCACCUCUGCUUCAUUAUGGAUUAAACUGUCCAAUAGCACAUUUGUAAGGUAAUGGUUUGCACUAAUUGUGGUGGAUCAAGAUUGAAUUAAUUGCAGUAUAAUUGAAAACAUAAUUAUUAUCCCCACUAGAGGGCAGAAAGACACAAAGGAGUAAAUAAACAUUUAAUUUAUCAGGGUCUGUUUAAACCAACCAGGUACCAAAGCAAAUAAACCUAUUUAUUGGGGCUAAAGUUUCUUAACUCCACCAACAGUUGUCUGAACAGAGAAAACCUUGGUCGUCUUAGGAGAAUCAAGGUCCUCUCCCAAGGUUGAACUUGAACUUUAUAUCAAAUCUCUUAGCAUUGGUGCGCUACCUAGUACUACAUGACUGUACAGUAAAACAAACUGUGCUUUAAGAAUUACAUUUACAUCUUUGUAAAUUAAAAUAGUAAACUCUC